UAAAAAAUUAGGCUACAUACAUUAUUUAUAGUCUUAUUGAAAGAGCCCAAAAAGCAAAGUGUUUUUCUUUCAAUCAUUCAAUUCAAUCAACCUACUCCAAUCUUCCUAAUCUUUUUUUUUUUCCCUUUCUUGUUCAAUUAUUCAACAGAAAAAAAAGGCAGAUAUAUAUAUGGCGAAGAGUUCAUUCAAGCAAGAACAUGAUCUUGAGAAGAGACGUGCUGAAGCUUCUAGGAUUAGGGAAAAAUACCCAGAUAGGAUUCCGGUAAUAGUUGAAAAGUCCGAAAGGAGUGAUAUUCCCAACAUCGACAAGAAAAAGUACCUUGUCCCGGCUGACUUGACAGUUGGACAGUUUGUGUAUGUCAUUCGCAAACGAAUUAAAUUGAGCGCAGAAAAGGCGAUUUUCAUAUUCGUCGACAAUGUUCUACCACCAACAGGUGCAAUUAUGUCUUCAAUCUACGACGAGAAGAAGGAUGAAGAUGGGUUCCUUUAUGUUACCUACAGUGGAGAAAACACAUUUGGGGACCUUAACUUUGUGUAACUAUCAUGGAAGGUGACAUUGGAUCAUUUGCACUGUUAUUUUCGCCGUCCAUCGACAAUCAACACUGAUGUGUUCUGCUAAUAUUUCACUUGCUGCUUCCAUCUUCUAUAGUUUUUUAGUAGUAAAAAGUUGUGUAUAGUUCAUAUCUAUGUAUAGUUCCAAGAAAACAAAAUGCUAAAAUCUUCUGGCAAGUGAUCUUAAUAAACAGUUGAAUUCAAUCUCA